AUGACUACGUGGGCGCAAAGAGCAUCUGCUCCAAAAAAGCCAGCGCAAGCGGCUCCGACUGUGAAUGUAGGGAAGGGUAAAACUGGCGGCGGUGGGAAUGUGAAAGCAGGAUCUCCCACAACUACAGAAAAGUCUCCUAUUGCACCAAGCCCUACCAACACGACACCUACUUCAUCCGCCCAGCCUCCACAACCGGCACCUAGCCCGGUUGCUAACGGACCUGCUAAUCCCAACACAACAUCCGCUCGUCCAAAAUCACCCCAAGGCGCCGUCAAAACACCAAUGAGCUUUGCAGCUAUUUUGGCGAAAGGGAAUCUUCCUACACAGAAUGCGGCUAGUGCUGGAGGAAAUGCCCCACAACAGGCAGCAGCUGAGGGUCAGGUGAACGGUAAGGCCUCCGUCUCAAAAGGUACAUCUCACGUCAAUGGCAAGCACACUGGGAAAGAAGCGCGACACAAAGACACUCAAUCGAGACAAAGUGCGAGUGGAAACGGAGAGGCUGUACAAUUUAAGGGAGCACUGAAGAAUAAGUUGCAUAGUGUUAAUGCGCCAACGAAGCGGAUGUCUUUUGGCUCUUUUGACUCGGAAGAGGCGCCAAAUGGUGCACCUGCAACCGCAAAUGCCCCUAGGGCAGCAUCACCUCAGGAUGCUGCGUCACCGGUAACAUCGCCGAUCGACGCACCUGCACCGGUUGCUCCCUUGGCGGUGAAGGAUGCUCCCACAGCCACCGCGGCGUCCAGCGCCGCUACACCAACACCAGCUACUGGCACUCCAGUCUCAUCUACGGCUCCGACGACGCUUUCUCAUCAACCCAAACCCGUAUCUGCAGUUGCUGCACGUGCUGUUCCCGUUCAACCUACCAUUCCGCGCACUAUGUCUGCUCCCCCGACGAUGAAGCAGGGUGGCAAGGGGCCCGCAGUUGGACAAGUGCAAGGACAACCAUCUGGGACCUCGGUAGCUGGGGAAGUUCAGCACACCGUUCCUGUCACUGGUGUCAGUGCACCGGGACCUGGUCAAGUUUCCCCUGUGACCCCAAUGCAGCAACACGUCUCACAGCCGCACGUUCAUCCCGCACAUCCGGCAGGUCACCAUGCACAAACUCACGCUCCUCACCACCCGCAGUUCCAUCAACCAACGGCACAACACCAUCACCCGCAACAUCAUCAUCAGCAGUUGCACCCCGCUACUCAUCAGCAGGCGCACACGUAUGCACCUAGACAUCAACAACAUAUGAGACCACCUGCCAUGCCCAACGCUGCGCCAUACGUGAAACAGUACAAGCCACAUGGUGUGGCGCCCAAUGCUCACGUGGCGGCAAUCUCGCAGCCAGGAGUACCGCAUCAAAUGUUGGGCCCGACCCCAAUCUCGGGGCCGAAUCCUACAGCCAUGUACGCGUAUGUCCAAGGAGUCCCACAAUAUUAUACGUCGUAUUAUGACCCACAGAUGCCAUACACACAAUUCACACCCGCAUACAUGCAGUAUCCGCCUCAAAUGAUACCUCAAGGAGGUAUGCCUUCGACACCGACGGGGCAAAGAUUUACCGGACCCAAUCAUGCACCAACUACACCGACAAGCACUCCUGGAAGUGCUCGCAAUAGUAAAGCAAGAGUGCCUGUUACCAUCAAGCGGCCGGACACCGAUGAGCCAGUUCAGCUUCCUCAAGCCACAACAGCAUCCUCACCUGCACCACGGACAAGUGCUCCAGCCAUUCAGCCAAAGGUUGAAACUCCCAAAUCUAAAGUUCGUAUUGUGUUGAAGAAUCCUGAGACAGGCGAAGAGAUCUUGAACAUCAAAGGCGAGGAAGCACAGAAGAAGGAGGAUGAUGUCGUGACAAAGACUGAGAAGAAUGAGGAUACCCCGGUAGCUGAAACGAAAGAGACACCGCAACCCGAAGCUCCAACUGCCGUCCUGAAGGAGGCAGACGAAGCUCUUCCUACCGCGGAAGCGAAGCCGGUAGCGGAAGUCAAGGUUCCAGUUAAGGUAGAUACUAAAGAGGCGAAAAAACCAGAGGUUGUUCAGAUACCUAAGCCGGAGACAAAGGAACAACCCAAACCUGUUCCGUCGAAGGAGGUCACGGAGGAUGUUUCCGCGGAGCCUGCUAAAGUGACACCGCCAGCUCCGGUACCCACUACGGCUGCUGAGAUUUCUACUGAGAAGACAGAUUUGGCACCUUCCCAGGAGGCCAAAGUGGCGCAGGCGAAGGAAGACGUAGAAAAGGUGCCGGAUUCGAAAAAGGAUGUAGAAAAGGUUCCGGAAUCCAAAAAGGAGGAAAAGAUUGAAGCUCCGAAAGAGGAACAGGUGACACUGAAAGAAGCCGUCUCGGUAGAUGAAAGUGCAGUCGCAAAGUCGGAAGUUCCUGAAGCCGCGAAACCAGCAGAACCUGUGGAGCCUGAGCUGGAAGAUGGGGAAAUUGCGGAGGAUGACGGUGCAAAGGAGUCCGCCCCGAAACCUGAAGCACCAGCGAUUGAUGGCGCGAAACCAAUUGCCACAUCCGAAGAUGUUCCAACGGACGCUAAUCUGCGGCGAUCUGCCUCACCUCUAAUUGAUGAGGAGGCUACCAAGCCAGCUGGGUCCAAAGGAGAGCUGCCAAGUAAAAUUGACACACGACCAGCCAUGAAGCGCUUAGAGUCUUUCGAAGGUGUCAAGUAUCCCAGUACCGUCCCAUCGCCUUCCCACGAACCUGGGAAGCCCUUCCGGUAUCAAAGGGAUUUCCUUCUUCAGUUUGCAGAAAUUGCCAAAGAAAAGCCGCAGGGCUUGCCGGCGCACUCUGACAUUUACGGAGAUGAUAAGGGGACAUCUCCUCGCGGCGAUCGUAAAGACUCGAAAGGUCCUGGUCGUCCUCUCAGUAUGUCUCGCCAGGGAUCUUCCAGUGAUGUCCGCAUGGGCCCACCAGGUAAAACAAGCGAGGAAAGAUGGCAGCAAGCGAUGGCAUCAAAGCACGGCGGUGUUGGCGUACAAGGUGUUAUGAGUGGUGUGGCCCCUCCACCUACUGCACGAAUGAGCCGUACAGGUUCUGGCGGCGGUGGACGCAUGCCACCCAUGAUGCGUCAAGGCUCUUUCCGCGACGGCGUACAGUCUGGUAGAGAUAGUCGAAGUGGUCGUGGAGGUCGCGAUCGUGGACCACCGCGCCAUGCGGCUCCUGAGCCACCAGGCGAACCCGUUGAGCCACUCGUCAAGUCUGAGACUGCUUGGGCGCCUAUGUCUGUGAAAAAGUCGGCCAAGAAGCCCGCCGAUGGGGAGGACAAGGAGAAGGCCGAGGAGGAGCUGAUAUACAGAAAGACAAAGGGUCUCUUGAAUAAGCUGACCAUUGAGCGCUUCGAUUCCAUUUCAUCCCAGAUUUUGAACAUUGGCAUGACAAGGGAGAGCAUUCUCAAGGGAGUUAUUGCCCUUAUAUUUGAAAAGGCGUUGGAUGAGCCCAACUUCGGGUCCAUGUAUGCUUCCCUUUGUGCUAGACUGUCGAGCGAGCUACCAAAGGUCCAGAGCUGGAUUGAUAUAGAUGCGAAAAACAAUACCUUCAGAAGAGUAUUGUUGAAUCGGUGUCAGGAAGAAUUCGAAAAAGGUGCUAAAUGGAGCGAAUCAGAGGAGAAGCUCCUCGAACAGCGGCGGGAAGCCCGUACCAGAUUGGAAGCCAUGACUGACGAAGAGAAAUUGAAGAUCGCUGAGGAGGAUUACCAACGCGGCAAAACGAAGCGGCGGGUGCUCGGUAACAUCAGGUUCAUUGGUGAGCUUUUCAUACAGAGCCUUAUUACCGAGAAAAUCAUGCACCAGUGCAUACAACAACUUCUUAAGAACGUGACGGACCCAGAAGAGGAAGAUGUAGAGUCGCUGUGCAAGUUGCUCACUACCAUUGGUGCACGCAUGGACCACUCCAAGGCUAAGGGUCACUUUGAGGCAUACUUUGCGCGUAUCGAGGAAUUGACCAAGAACGCCAAGUUGUCUGCUCGUAUCCGAUUCAUGCUGCUUGAUCUGAUAGACCUUCGCAAGGAGGGCUGGAAAGCACGAAACGCGCCCACUGGGCCGAAGACUAUUGCUGAAAUCCGGGCUGAAGCUGAACGUAAACAAGCGGAGGAAGCACAAAAGAUUCAAGAGCGAAACCGAAGCUCAGGGGGAGCCCGGGGAUUGCCAACACGGGAUCAGCAGUUCCGGGAUCGUCGGGGAAGUGGUCGGGGCAGUCAAGACGGACGUACCGGAGGUGUGGCCCAAGUUAGCGGGGACGGAUGGGUCACACAGGGAUCAACGCGAGGCAUGCCUCAGGCAUCGCGGCAAGUUGAGACCUUUGCCAACUUUGGUCAGAUCAAAAAGGCUGACCGUACGUCGAUUACGUUUGGUCCGGGUGGUGGUAUGGGCUUUGGACAAGGUGCGAAGGGAUGGGGUGCCAAGAAGACCGAGGCGAAAGAGGCUGGAGCGCCCUUGAGCAGAUCAAGCAGUGCUGGAGAGGGUGGCCUUGCUGCUCCCAACAUGUUCAGCGUGUUGGAGGGUAUGGACCGAAAGAAGUCUGUUGAUGAGGGACGCAAACCUACUGCGCCUAAAGCGGUGACGCCAAGCAAGGACGAAGAGCAGCCCAAGGAAGAGGAGGUCAAGAGAUUGACAAAGGGUCAGGCCAGUGCAAAGCUUGACGGAAUCAUUGAGGAAUGGUUCACCCUUUUGGACGUGAACGAGGCUUUUCUGUCCCUAAAGGAAUUGGGAGCAUAUGAGUAUCACCCGGACUUUGUGGAUACCGUCUUGAACAAGAGUUGGGAGAAUAAGCCGGAUGUGAUCAAAAAGGCUGUGAAACUUUUGCUCAAGCUCCUGGACGAGGGCCUUGUCGCCAAUGAGGAUUUGAAAGACAUCCUAGCUCCCCACAUCGAGGUCAUUGAUGAUUUGGCAAUAGAUGUGCCAGACCAUUACAAAAAUGCUGGUCAUCUAUUGGGCCGCCUUGUGGCUUCUGAUUUCAUAAAUCUGCAAACCGUCCUUGAGCUAUCCGCUCCUCUCCUCUCAAUAUCAUCCAUGAAACCCCCCGGCGCGCGGCUGUUGGCUGAGACACUCAAAGAUAUCAAAUCUUUGGAUGGCGAUAACGCCCUAGUUGAUAUCGUCACAAAGGACGCUGUCGAUCUCAAAGAAUGGUGGCCAAAGGAAAAGCGUACUGAUGAGAUUCUGGCAGAUUGGCUGGAUGCGAAUGGGCUUUUCAUUUUGGCCCCGGAGCUUGAAACAUUGAAGGGGUUAAAAUGGAGAUUAGGAAAGGAUAAUGUGGAAUCUGUGGCGGCUUGGUUGAAGGAGCCGAGCAAUGAUAAAGUGCGCGCGUCGCCGGAAUUCGUGCGAAUCUUGACAAUAGGUGUUUUGUCACACAUUGCAUCGCAAACAGUAUUCGCGAACGGCCCCAACAAACCAGUAGAACCCACUCCCGAUUCCGUGCAAAAGCAAAAGGAGAUGUUGACAUCGCUCAAGCCGUUGUUUGAUCCAUACGUGGAUGGGUCUAAGAAAGUGGAUGUAUUGUUUGCUAUUCAAGCGUACUGUGGCAAUAUUGGAUUCCCUACUGAACUCUUACCCAACAUGUUCCGUCAUUUCCGAGAAGUCGGCAUUGUAGACAAGAGCGCAUUUGAAGCAUGGAAACAGGACACAUUGCGAGAGCAGAGUACAAAGAAGGAGGCCCUUGCCGCCGUCGGAGACAUGUCCUAA